GGUGAACCUAAGCAAGUAAAGAAAAAGGUUUCUUUAAUUUUCCCCAUAAAUCAGGCAUUAAAUUUUCAGAAAAACAAAGAAUGAUCUUGGAUUUCCCACCCUGUCCCUGAAAAUUCCCUUGAUUUGCGAAUACGCCACGUCCAAAUCCCUCUUGCUCACUCGAUCUGGGUAUUUCAGUUCCUAGAAGCAAGAAAACGGAAAAAGGAGGAGAGGGAAGGGUUAGAAAAUGUUUUGCAGAAUGGUAUUGGUGCCCCGGAAGAAGAAGGUCGGGGCAGUUCCGGUUUACUUGAAUGUUUAUGACUUGACUCCUAUUAAUGGGUAUGCCUAUUGGUUUGGACUUGGGAUCUAUCAUUCUGGGGUUCAAGUUCAUGGUGUUGAAUACGGUUUUGGAGCUCACGAGCAUGCAACCACUGGGGUUUUUGAAGUGGAGCCUAGGCAGUGUCCAGGUUUCAGAUUUAGGAAAUCCAUUUUGAUUGGAAGAACAGACUUAGAUCAAAGAGAAGUUCGUUCCUUUAUGGAGCAACUAGCUGAAGAAUACUCUGGAAAUACAUACCAUCUUAUCACCAGGAACUGCAACCAUUUCUGCAAUGACGUGUGUCUGAAACUGACCGAGAAGCCCAUUCCACGCUGGGUCAAUCGCCUUGCAAGAUUAGGUUUCUUCUGCAACUGUGUUCUUCCAGCUGGACUGAACGAGACAAAGGUACGUCAGGUAAGAUCCCAAGAUAGGGUUCACGAGGGAGAAAAGAAGAAGUCAAGAAGGCAUCAAAGUAGCUCUUCCAGUCUACCUUCUUCCUUGGAAACGUGCCUCACGGAUCAAGAGCUAAAGAAGACUAGAAAAAAUCAGUGUCCUCAACAAUCAUCUUUACUCCAUUCCUCUUCAACAUCAAGUUUGCCCCUGAACCUCUGCUAGGUUUGUACUUCCAAUACCUCAUAGUCAAAAAUAGUUGGGGGCUAACAAUUGCAAAUUUCCACUUCUGCCCCAUACUUUAUAUGGUUAAUCUUAUAUUUUCUGUUUCUCUUAUAUCUUCUGAUGGGCAUGGAAACUGUGGCUUAGAAAUUGUGCAGUGUUUUUGUUUUCUAAUAUAAAAAUGCUCUCUGCUCUUCUGUUGAUAGAAAAUAUUUAUCCUGAAUAAAAGCCCCAUAGAUUC